ACUAAACGUACAAAGAAAUUUUCCAAAGAUUCAUAUAUUUAGACUACCGAAUCGCCGAUACUAGCCUACCAUCCAUAGAUAAAAUCCUAUUUUGGUUCCUAAAUAAGACGAAUAAACUACAAUUACAAACUAUCUUUACUUUCCAUCUAACUCACCUAUUUAAACACAAUGAAGGCCAUAGUUUACCAUGACAGGGAAGAUGUCCGCUAUCACCUGGACUUCCCUGAGCCGCAGAUUGUCAGGCCUGACGAUGUCAAGAUCAAGGUCCAUUACUGUGGGAUCUGUGGUUCUGACUUGAAGGAGUAUCUCGAUGGACCGAUUUUUUUCUCCAAGAAGGGUACCAACAACGAAGUUUCCAACUUGCCAUAUCCGCAAUGCAUGGGUCACGAGAUCAGUGGUGAAGUUUACGAGGUCGGAUCUGAAGUUGACAACCUUCAGAUUGGAGACAAAGUGGUGGUGGAAGUCACAGGUACCUGUUUUGACAGAUACCGGUUCCCCGAAUCGCCCAACUUCAACAAACCCAAGUGUGGAAGUUGUCUCGAAGGUCACUAUAAUGCCUGUGCAUAUCUUGGGUUGACUGGCUUAGGUUUUACCAACGGAGGGUGUUCUGAAUAUUUGGUUACAGCUGCUAGCAAAGCCAUCAAGUUUCAAGAAGAUAUCAUUCCGAUGGAUGUGGCUGCUGUAAUCCAGCCAAUUGCUGUCAGUUGGCACGCGGUUCGCGUGUCUCACUUCCAAGAAGGUCAAAGUGCUUUGAUCUUGGGAGGUGGCCCCAUUGGGUUGACUACCAUUUUUGCAUUGAAGGGAAACAAAGCUGGCAAGAUAGUCGUUUCUGAGCCUGCUUUGGCCAGACGACAAUUGGCAGAAAAGUUGGGCGUCACAGUCUUUGAUCCUACCGGCAAAUCUGUUGAUGAAUGUGUAGAGGAGUUGAGGAAGUUGUCACCCAACGGCUAUGGCUUCAAUCAUUCAUAUGAUUGUUCCGGUGUGCCAGCUACUUUCCAAACCAGUCUCAGGGCAUUGAAUAUUAGAGGAACGGCUACUAAUGUUGCCGUGUGGGCUCACAAAUCCGUUCCAUACUUUCCUAUGGAAGCCACCUGGGCCGAAAAGAUCAUCACCGGAUCAAUUUGCUUUGUCAAGGACGAUUUUAUAGAUGUCGUCAAUGCUCUUCACGAAGGCACUAUUCCAGUUGACGAAGUCAAGUUAUUGAUCACUUCCAAGAUUCAUCUUGAGGAUGGAGUAGAGAAGGGCUUUUUAGAAUUGAUUCACCACAAGGAAAAGCAUAUAAAGAUCUUGUUUUCUCCUAAGGAAGAAUAUAGAGUAAAGAAGUAAUAGACAAGUGUACUAUAUAAGCAUCACUAUUUACUAGAAUACAUAGAGCAACGCAUGAUUACU